UGGCUUUAUCGAUAAGGACUUGGUGAUGUUUUCCUACUUGAAUUCGCGAAUCUUGAACUUCAAGCAACUUUACGACACUCCAACACGACCAAUUGCGCUCAAGUGGCACAUUUAUUUUCGCAGAAAUAAUGUCAUUGCGAAUUGCGCCUCGAAAAGUGGCAUCAAGUGCCCUCCCUCGAACCUCGCGCCUCGAAUGUCCUCUCCUCCGCCAUCGCACCUCAAAAUGCGCAUUCUCAACGUCACGACCCCCCAGCCGCCGACAACAAAUUCCAAGCGCAGUUGACUCUGCUAAACUUGGGGAAAAGCCCGCCAAGACUACCAUAACCCUGACAACAUCCGAGCAGUCUGCAGAGAACGCAAAGAGUAUGCUCGAAAAGGCUACAAGACUGGCACAAGAACGAGAAGAGAAACUACGACAGGCACGAGCAGCACGACUAGGGAAGCUUUCUACAAAUUCAGAGAAGAGGCAAGAUCCAAGGGAUAAUCUGGCAUCCAGUGAGAGAAGGGAAAAGGCAAGGCAGGCUGAGGAGAGAUCGAACACGGCUGAGGAGAAGAAGAGGACUGGAUUGACGAAGGAAGAGAGGGAGAAGGCGGAGAAGGAAGAUUACAAUAGGAGACACAAACAGCUGGAGAGAUUCUGGCUGAAGUUCAUGGUUGGGAUGCCGAUUGUGUUGGUUGUUGGUUAUGAGCUGUUCCAAAGGCUUGUUAUGGGGAAAGAACAAAAGGUCAUGCCGUAUAAACAGGCCAAGAUCAAUAGAGAGAGGGAGGAGAGAGAGAGGCUUGCGAGGGAGAGUGCUGGGAGUGUAGGGACGGAAUGAGCGAGGAGUGUGAUGGGGAUUUACGGCUCGGGGGGGGGAGUCAAAGAAGCUCUCAGCCGGGGCUGCGGGAAGCUCAACGGUGCUAGGGUAUGUAUUGUUGUAAUCUAACGUGUACGAUAUGUUGGAUGUUGAAAGAAAGACACGAAAAAGCAAGACGCCACGGCUAGAAAGGUGGUGUUAUGGUAUGGACGUUAAUAUCCGUCUGACAGCGGAUGCCAAGUUCAAAGCGGGAAUAAUGACAUUGGCCAAUGCUCUCUUCUUUGUCGUCACCACUACGAUAGAAGUUUUGGGAAGUUGGCUUCACAACUGGCUCAGGGGAUCGAUCAGGGACAAGUAAAUGGUUGCCCAAGUCAUAGUGUAUAUAUCAUAUGUCCAUCUAAAAUAGACACAAAAAAGUAACAAGUAAUUACAUAAAAAUGCUAACG